GAACGCUUCUCAAAAAUAACCUGCAGUUGUUUCCUUCAAAAUUCCUACAUGCACGAUAUGUACAUACAUCAAGGUAUAUUUGUAGAAAAUUUCACGAAAAAAUAUUAAUUUUCCUGGAAGUUAAGAGGAAUUUAAGUGGACUCCGUUGGAAUUUCCGACAAUUGUCCCCCACCCCCAUUCCAAAAAACUUUCACCGGAAAAUUUCAUUAAAAAAAAUUCAUUUUUCUGAAAGUUAUGACCUCUCAAAGUCUGGGGGGGGGGGGGUAAAACCCUGUAGUUAUGCCUGUCCCCUCUAUGUUUAGCCCCUUGUGGGCAAUAAAGAAAUAAAAAGUAUUAUGGACCCUCGGACAAAUUGGGUUCUAUAGUAUUUAUUAACAGCAAGUCAGAAUUGACCCCGUGACCCGAGAGAUCCCCGGGCAACUGCCCAGCGUACCCAUGCCCUAGGACGGCGGUGAUGCAAUACGUCUUUCUUUUUUAAAUAUGUUAAGUUGUUCUUGUAUUGUAGUUUGACUGCUAUUUCUAACAGGCCUAUUGAUCUGUUUGAGGCUCUGUCAAGGGAGAUAACUUGUGUAUACUUGUUAAUUAAUCGGAAUUGAAAGGAAAAUGUCAAGAAAUAACCCUUCGUUGAUGAUUUAUUAUUUUAUAUUCUCAUACAGUUUAUUUUCUUCAGUAUUCUAACAAUAAGAGAGAGAAGAAGAAGAAGAAAAACCCACUACGACUCAUUACAUUUUGCGUUCGUUUUCCAAUUCUCAGUCGAAGUUAUUUUAAUUGGUUUUAAUUAACUGACAAAACUUUUAGAAAUGGUUUUAUAAAUGAUGCGUCGUCAGUUUCACUUCUUCAAAUUCUCAGUUUCUGUUUCUCUGCAACAAAUCGAUAUAUUCCAGUGCUUCUUCUUUCCUAACCCAAACGAUAUCAACAGCUACUGUAAAAGACUGAUCAGCUAUCAAUGAAGCGUCUUUGCCAAUAUUCCAGCAGCAGCAGCUCUGAUACACACUCAGAUUCUGAAGAAAAUAUCAAGGAACCAAAAGAAAAGCGUCGGUUUAACUUCUUUGCUUUAAAUGAUGAUGAUGAUGAUGAAGGAAACAAGAGUGAAGGGGGAAAAAAGGGUGAGGGAGAAACUAGUUCAGCUGCUGACACAACGAAUUUAUGGUAUAAAUGUCCUCAAAAAACUGUGUCUGAUUUUGUUGUAAAUCAUGACGGAAGCAGCAUCUCCUUACCAUCUGUGGAUUUCUGGGAAAGUAUUUCCGAAGAAGAAAUCGCAAAUCCAGGAAAGUUGAAAGAACAUUUUCUUCAAAAUGUUACUGAUUCUAAAACUUUAAUUACACCGUUUAAUGAAGAAGAAGAAGUAACUGCUCCUGAACAAGGAACUUCGGUGUCUAGUAAAGUGUUAGUUCCUGGUUUAAAGGAAUCCUCUUGUGUUAAGGCUUAUACUAGCAAGAAGCAAAUACUUCAUAACAACGAGAGUCAUGGAACAACGUCCGAAAGUUUGCCUGGAAUUAAUUCAAUGCAAACAAAACGGAAAAUUUAUUUUGUUCACGGUAAAAUUGGUCCGUACCAGUCAAAAGCCUUCCCUGGCCCAAAUCAAAUAGCGAAGAAGAAAGAGACUACGAUACAAGCUCAUGUGGGAAGCAUUAACCGUAUUCGGUGGUGUGUCGCCCAGUACAGUCAUCUGCUGCUAUCGGUGGCAGAUGACUCUCUAGUUAAAAUAUGGAACAUUUGGUCACUGUUGGAACCGUGUGUCCAAACAUUCACACAUCAUUCUAGUUGUGUUAAAGAUGCAGAAUGGAGUCGCUGUGGACGUCAUGUGCUCACAUGUGGUUACGAUCGGAAAGCUGUUGUUACUGAUGUAGAGACAGGAUCUGCUCUACAAAUCCUUUCCCACCAUGAGAUGGUGUCAUGUGCACGCUACCACCCAGUCAAUGCCAACCUGGUGUUGACUGGCACCAAGAAUGUCAUUUACUCCUGGGACCUCAGAACUGCCCAAGAACCAGUGAGACAGUACAACUACAAAGACAGCCUUGGAACUAUACAAGACAUUGUCUUCUCACGUGAUGGAGAGACAUUCUUUAGCUGCUGUGAUAUCAUCAGUCAAGAUUCAGCCGACCGAAAUAUUAUGGCAUGGCAUUGUCAGACUGGAGUUGUUCUCUCAAACCAGAUCUACCAUGAGAAAUAUAUAUGUGCCCGACUUUGCCAACACCCCAGGGAGAAUACAUUCCUUGCCCAGAGUCAAGGCGGUUAUAUCGCCUUGUUUUCAGCGAAAUCCCCUUUCAAGAUGGAUAAAUCCAAGAGAUUUGAGAAACAUAAGUUGUUGGGUUACAAGAUUGGUUUUGACAUAUCCUUUGAUGGUCGGUAUGUAAGUAGUGGCAGUUCAGAUGGUAAGGUUUAUACUUACCACUUUUAUAAUGGUUUAAUGAUGCAGUGUCUUGAGACUGGAUUCUCUGUAACCAUAGACGUUGCUUACCAUCCCGUUUUGCCCAGCACCCUGGCAUGUUGCAGUCUGGACGGUGAGAUACAAAUUUGGCACUGAGCAGGACAAACCCUUGCAUCUUCGUCUUCUUUUAUCUGAUACUUGUUUCAGUCACUGGACUGUGGCCAGGCUGGAGUAUCACUUUGAAGGAUCUAGUCCAGGAACAGACAACCUUUUUUUUUCAAGAAGCAGGCCACAUCCAACCAUAGGAAAUUUGUCUCAACAAAUUUCAUCUGACCCAGGCAAACAUGGAAAAAUCUGCAAAAACAGUCACAGAAGUCUGGUGCAAGUUCCUGUCGCACCCAUGCCAGCAUUGGUGAGGAUGUUAUCUCCUGGUUUAAAGAUCUCGAAAAUGCAAAUGUUCAUUUUUAGAAACACAUUGUAAGGCAGGUGUGAGGGGCUUAACCCAGCUUGUUUGAACAUAAAACCAGUUAAAUAUUUCA